UUCUUGUAAAGGGAGCCCAGAGAAUACAGAAGACGUAAUUCCUGCAGCCUAAAACAGGUUUUGUUGACUGGUGAAGGACCACCUGAUUUCUUAAUCCUCCCAUUCUGUAGAGUCCUGUUGCAUCAUGAAUGUUAAUUUCACCGCUCCGUGCAUUUCCAAUGCAUCCUUGCCAUCAUCUUCAGGUGCCAAGUUGGAUGUGAGCCGGCUCAUGGACACGCUUCAGAUCUUCUUCUACGCUGUUCUUUUUCUGCUUGGUUCCCUGGGCAACGGAGCUGUGCUUUGGAUCACAGCCCAUCAGACCUCACGGACCAUCAGCUGUGUCUGGUUCUUCAACCUGGCCCUGGCUGACUUUCUCUUCUCAAUCACCCGGAUUGUGCCCCUCUUGAAGAAUGCUUUUGAUAAUGGGUGGCCCUUCGGAAGCUUCCUAUGCAAAGCCAACAGCUUCAUCAAGUAUCUCAACAUGUUCGGCAGCGUCUUCCUCUUAGCUGCCAUCAGCAUAGACCGGGCAACUUGCGUAGCCUACCCAAUAUGGACCAAAAGACACCGGGACAGCCGCUUGGCAUGGGUCGCUGCCAUCGGAGCUUGGUUCUUGGCCAUUGCCACAAGUACUCCUUUCUACCACUACCGUGGCAUAAAAACUGACAAGUCUAACAAGACCAAGUGCUCCUUUGCCCUGGAGGGAAAUGAAACUGCCAAGCUGGUUAUCUAUAUGUUGAGACUGAUUUGUGGGUUCUUGGCCCCCUUUGCCAUCAUUGUGGUCUGCUACGGCAUCAUUGUCGUGGUGCUGAGGAGACGGCGGGCUUCCAUCCGUUCCAAGAAACCCUUCCGGGUCAUCCUGGUUCUUGUGGUCACGUUCUUCCUCUGCUGGGCACCAUACCACAUCUUCCUCCUCCUCAAGUUGGCCGAAGUGAAAGGCCUAGGACUUUCUAUCGGCCUCCCGCUCUCUUCCUUCCUGGCCUACCUCAACAGCUGUGCCAACCCUAUCCUUUACUUUUUCAUGGGCAUCGACUUCCACCGAAAGCUGACUCUUUACAACAUAAGGGCUGCAUUCAGGAGAACCCUAUUUGAAGACAGCGGCACCUCAUUUAGGAGCAAAUACAGAAAGGAGAUGGCUUCCUCCACGGAGGAGCUACCUCAGUCUUCGGUAGUCCCUCAGAUGCAUUUCAAAACUUUAACACUUCCAAGUUCAGUUUAGGAAACUCAUGUGGAUUAGGAAUUCAUAGGUGACAGGUGAGGAACACAGAACAUGGAUUCAUAGGGCUGGAAGGGGUCUUGGAAGUCUACUAGACUAGUCCAACCUCCUGCUCAAGGCCGGAUCCCAGUCAAAUGGUUGUCCUAUCUACUUCUGAAAACCUCCUGUGUUGGAGCACCCACAACUUCUGAAGGGGAGUUAUUCCACUGAUUAAUUGUUCUCACUAUCAGAAAAUGUCUCCUUACUUCUAGUUUGGACCUCUCUUUAACAAGAUUCCUUCCCACCCUCACCCCAUCCCCGUGUUGCUUUGGAGAAUAAGAGGCAUUGUAGUCCAAUACAUGAGGAAGACAGCAGACUGAUGGAUCCAUCACACCCAUUACUAGAGAAAUACAAGAUUUCUUUUUCUGCUUUUAUUCCACUCACCCGUCUUGACUGUUGAUAUUUUCUGGACAUUAUAAAACUACAAAUACUUCUGUGUGAAAAGGGGCCUUUUUCUUCCAUUAUGGACUGCAAACGAUGGGUUGUUUUGCUUUAUAUAUUCCUCAUGUAUGUUAUUUUUCUUUGACGUUGAUGUACACAGUAUGUAUAAACUUUUAGCUAUAUUUGCACAUUUGUGUCUUAUUAUCUUAGAAAGCUUAUUUAAUCAACUCUGCUAUUAGCAGCCCUCUCUGAGGGGCUUCUAAUUUUAACUAAAAUAUAAGCCGUCAAAAUUGAUUCUAAAAUCAAUGUUAAGAAAGCAUAAAAAUUAGAUGCUGCUUUUUAAAAAAAUAUAAAGGGAAUGUAUCCUUUCGGCCAGCAUGUUGUGACUUGCUUGGAUGGCUGGGGAAUUCUGGGAAUUGAAGUCUAUGUGUUUUAAAAUGGCCAAGGUUGAGAAACACAGAUCCAGAUUUUCUGCCUUGAUGAAAGUGCUUGGAAAUGCUGAAUACAUCUGUUGAAUACAUCUGGAAGAAGCCAUCAGCUUCAGAAAAACUUUCAACUCCCAUUUAUACUGCCAUUAUUGCUUUCUCUGUGUGUUUGCUUUUAGUUAAAUUGGAUAUUCUUGUGACAUCAUGAUGUCAUUAUGUUUAUUGAUUCAUGCUC